UUCAUAGCCUUCAUUCUCGGCUCUCACUCUUGCUCUUUCUCUCUCUACUCCGUCUGAGAAUCAAUGGCUUCCAACACAUUGAUGAGCUAUGGCAUUGCCACUGCCUCCUCAUUCCCUUCCGUGCUUUCUUCAUCUAAAUCCAAAUUCGCCGCCGCAAUCCCACUCCCCGGCGGUGCCUCCGUCGCCUCCUCUUCUCGCUUCACCAUGACCGCCGACUGGAUGCCCGGCCAGCCCCGACCUCCUUACCUCGACGGUUCAGCCCCUGGUGACUUCGGAUUUGACCCUCUUCGUCUAGGGGAAGUGCCGGAGAACCUCGAGAGAUACAAAGAAUCUGAGCUCAUCCACUGCAGAUGGGCUAUGCUUGCCGUGCCAGGGAUCUUGGUACCAGAAGCAAUGGGAUUAGGGAACUGGGUAGAAGCUCAGAGAUGGGCAGCAGUUCCAGGAGGUCAAGCGACUUACUUGGGGAACCCAGUUCCAUGGGGUACCCUGCCAACCAUUUUGGUGAUUGAAUUCCUAGCCAUAGCCUUUGUGGAGCACCAACGCAGCAUGGAGAAAGACCCCGAGAAGAAGAAGUACCCUGGUGGUGCUUUUGACCCUCUUGGCUACUCUAAAGACCCUGCCAAGUUCCAAGAAUACAAAGUCAAAGAAAUAAAAAAUGGGCGCUUGGCUUUGUUGGCAUUUGUGGGGAUAUGUGUGCAGCAAUCAGCAUACCCAGGAACAGGGCCAUUGGAGAACUUGGCGACUCACUUGGCUGAUCCAUGGCACAACAACAUUGGGGAUGUCAUCAUUCCCAGAGCUCUUUCGCCCUGAGAACUCAAACUCCUUUUCCUGUAUCUAUUACUAGCUUUGUAAUGUAACUCAUAAAUCAUGAUAUGUUUCACGCUGUGCUAGCUCCAAUUAACACUAAAAACUCUGCGUUUCAUGGCUCACUGCUUGAAAACUGUCAUUUAGCAAGGGACAAAUCCCUCACUAAAAUACAUUUAUCCCAUACUAAACAGCACUUAGUGAC